GAAUGUACAGCAGAAUCAACUUAUUUUCUAGAAAAUAAAAUGGCAAAGGGACACCAAGGCAAAUGCUUUGGAUUUGUCCUCUUACUAUGUUUCUUCAGUUCAACUUUCGCACGCAGGAUUCUUAAGGAUCUAGACCAUGUAGUGAAGCCUGGGAAGGUUAGUUUGAGGGAGCAAGAUCAUGGCUUGUUCAGUCUAGAACCUGACCACAAAGUCAAGCCUGGCCAUAAUCCGCAGUCCGCGUGGUGGGGUGAACCAGAAGAGCCUGAGGACAAGGUCAAGCCUGAUCAUAAACUGCAAUCCAUGUGGCGUGAGCUAGAAGAACCUGAUCCUGAAAAAAAGCAUGCUCAUAAAGUAAUGCCUGAUUACAAAGAGAAGCUUAAUGAUGGUGGCAAAGAGAAGAUUGAUGACAUAGAGAAGCCUGAUCAUAUAGUAAAGCCUAAUUACAAAGAGAAGCUUAAUGACAAAGAGAAGAUUGAUGGCAUAGAGAAGCCUGAUCACACAGUUAAGCCUAUGGGAUAUGGCUAUGGCGUUGGUUAUGGCAGUGGAGGCAGCGGCUUUGGAGAAGGAAUAGGCUCUAGUGGAGGCAGUGGUUUUGGAGAAGGGAUAGGCUCUAGUGGUGGCAGUGGUUUUGGAGAAGGAAUUGGCUCUAGUGGAGGCAGUGGCUUUGGAGAAGGAAUUGGCUAUGGUGAUGGUUCAGGUGUUGGCAUUGGAGAAGGAAGAGGGUCAGGGUAUGGCCAACCUAACUGCGGUCCUGUCAGGGGAGCCCCAGGUAGGGGAUUUGGUGAAGGCAUUGGACGAGGUAGUGGUUCAGGGGAAGGGAUUGGUAUCGGUAGAGGAGGAAGUGGCUCUACUGGUGUACCCAGUGUAGUUGUCCCUCCCAUAACUGUACCAGGCACAACAAUCCCUCCCAUAACUGUGCCAGGCACCCACAUUCCCGGUUUUACGAUUCCGGGAGUGACGGUUCCUGGCUUUGGUACUGGUGGAGGAUGCCAAACCGGUGGGUGCACCCCAAGCGUGCCAUACUACCAUCCACCUAUAUACCAACCACCAAACUGUCCCCAUUGUCCUCCUUUCGUUUCAGGACAAGACAAACACAUGUCAGAUAAAGGGACCAUGACCGAAGCUCUUGCACCCAUGUCAAAUGAGAUGCACAACUAAACUUUGUGUCCAUGGAGAACACAAAGUCUGACAAUGAGAUUAAAGUAUAUUUUGGUUUGGUAAAAGCUUCACGUUAAAUUGAAUAAUCCAACUUUAUCCCAAAUAAAGUUCUGAAUAAAUUAAAUGUGGCGAAGGAAUAGUAUUAUGUAAAGAAGCAAGCAGGCAACUGGAACUGUAUUUUGCAUUUUCAUGGAUGUAUCUUUGACAAUGAGUUUUUAAUAGGGCCAAGCUUGUAUUAUAGUGUGUUAUUUUCUUAAUUUUUAAAAUAAAGAGUGAUUAUGGUGGUGGGCUUAAUAGAAGGAUGAACUGAGAUUAUACAA